AUGGUGUGCGAACCGAUUUUUAAUGAGGUUGCCCUCUCGUGGAUUCCAGUUGAUGCGAAAAGCACUGUUCCAACAAACGCGGUCGAGGCAAAACCCGGAUUGUACAUAAUCCGAGCCCGUCAUGAAUACGAUAUAAUCCCGGGUAAAUGGUCUGGGACCACUCCACACGCAUUUGUAUCCUAUGGAUGUGGUGAAAUCAAGGUUACCAAAUUCGACGUAUUGUGCAACACAUCCGUGUUUCAGAAUCGCCCACCAUACAAAUGGGUACCAGCAUCCCAUGGUUUGGUUCCGCAUCUGGCCGUACGCGGUGGACGAUGCAUUUCAGAGGAACCGUUAUUCAUCGCCCGUGCCCAAAUCGAAAAUGUGUGGUGCACCGGUAAAGUUCAUCCGUCCCACGGAGUUGCUUAUUUCCCCUUAAAUGGUGUUGAACGUAACAGCCAUCAGUACGAAGUGUUGUGCUUGCGUGGUGGAAGACACCACAUCUGA